AUGAACCAUGAAUUAAACGACUCCGCAACGCUUGGGAAAAGACCAGGCCGUUGGACUCAUGAAGAGCAUCAACGCUUCUUAAAAGCCAUAGAAUUGUAUGGCAAGAACUGGAAAAAAGUUGAAGAGCAUGUUGUGACCCGAACUGGAGCCCAGAUCGGGUCUUUGCCAUAAUACCAAGCAAAUUUUUUUUAAUUAUCCAUUAGUAAGCUAUACUUCUUUUAAAUAAUUUUAUUAAAAAAAUAAAAGAAUAUUUAUAUAAAAACAUUUUUCCUUCAUAUAAGACCUGCACCGCCAGAUCCGAUCUCAUGCCCAGAAAUAUUUCAUCAAGAUUGAGAAGCAUGGAGCUACCAAAGUCCAGCCUCAGGGAAUUACCAAGCCGAACCUUCAACCUAACCUGCAUUUACAAUUUUACUGCAAGUACAUGCAGAUGAUGCAGUACAGCGCAUAUGUGAAGUAUAUGGCGGAGUUGAGUAAAUCGAUAAAUCCUCACCAAAAUAACCCUUCAAGAAACAGCGACAUAUUUUGCAGCCCUCAGCCAGUGGCUGCUUAUAGCAACUCAUACAGUCACUUCCGGAAUUCUCCUGCUCCUCCCUUAGCUAUGAUCAAAACAUUGAAAUAUUAUAAAUUAGGAAAAUUCAUCCUUGAACCAAUAUAAUAAGAUAAAAUCUGACUAAAUUCAUUAUAAUAAAUUAAUUAAAAUUUUUAUUUUUUCAUAUUUGUUUUAUAAUAAAUUUUUUAAAAAAUUUAAAUAGUAAGCAGAAAAUCUUGCUAUAUAAUAAGGGAGAAGUGAGAAGAUUUCCUGUGACAUGAGUGCUUUUGUUCCAAUAACUUGUGGAGAACCUGAAAAGCGGCAAAAACAAGAAUAA